AUGGCAUCCUCUCACAGUACACCAAACACCUCUUCAAACUCAUCCCCCUCUCCUUACCAACAUCCUCAGCACCCGCAAAACCCAACCAAUCAACCAGGAAUGAACCACUCGAGCACAAGCUCUUCCUCUUCCCGUCCUCGAGCUGGUACACCGAGGAGUAUGAAAGCGGGGAAAGGGACGGGAUCGCGCAAUGAGCCACCUCCUUUUACGGCUAGUAUGCAGGAUGCGCAGGCGAGGAAUAAGGAUCCGUAUGAGAGUAGUGAGGAUAGUAGUGACGAUGGGGGACGGUGGGAUGCAUAUGGAAAUGAUUCCUAUGAGAAUGUUCAGAAACGUAGGAUGGCGGCCGUGAUUUUGGAUUCUCCUGAGCUAUUGAUGAUGCAUGCACAAGCUCGCAGCGAUAGUAUCGCGGCAACCCGGUACUACUUCACCAAAAUGCUUUGUGGCUUUCACGAUGAGAAUGACACCUAUCCUGUUGACGGGCAGGUUGCAGAUAAAGAAAAAGAGAAGAGAGAGAGAGAUAGAGAAAGGGAGAAGGCUAGGAGACAGGUCUCUGGACAAAGUUCGAGGAGAUGA